AUGUUUAUAAUUAACAUCCUAACACUCAUCCUCCCCGUCCUUCUAGCCGUAGCAUUUCUAACACUAGUAGAGCGCAAAGUCCUAGGAUAUAUACAACUUCGAAAGGGGCCCAAUAUCGUAGGCCCAUAUGGCCUACUACAACCCUUUGCCGACGCAAUCAAACUAUUCACUAAAGAACCCCUGCGACCAGCCACAUCCUCCACCGCCAUAUUCAUCACUGCACCCGCACUAGCCUUAACCCUUGCCCUCACAAUAUGAAGCCCCCUACCCACACCAUACCCACUUAUCAACAUAAACCUAGGGGUACUAUUCAUACUAACAAUAUCUAGCCUAGCCGUUUACUCCAUCCUCUGAUCCGGCUGAGCCUCCAAUUCAAAAUACGCACUAAUCGGAGCUCUCCGAGCAGUAGCACAGACAAUCUCAUAUGAAGUAACACUAGCUAUUAUCCUCCUAUCAGUCCUACUAAUAAACGGCUCCUUCACUUUAUCAACACUAACCACAACCCAAGAACAACUCUGAUUACUUUUCCCCUCAUGACCUCUGGCCAUAAUAUGAUUUAUCUCUACCCUAGCAGAAACCAACCGAGCCCCCUUUGAUCUGACAGAAGGAGAAUCAGAACUCGUCUCCGGCUUUAACGUAGAAUACGCAGCCGGCCCCUUCGCCCUCUUCUUCCUAGCAGAAUACGCAAACAUCAUCAUGAUAAACACACUCACAACCAUCCUAUUCCUAGGACCAUUUCACAACCCCCACAUACCAGAAACAUACACAACCAACCUCGUCCUCAAAACACUACUACUUACAAUAUCCUUCCUCUGAAUCCGAGCUUCCUAUCCUCGAUUCCGAUAUGACCAAUUAAUACACCUACUCUGAAAAAGCUUCCUCCCUUUAACCCUGGCCCUCUGCAUAUGGCACAUCUCAAUGCCCAUCAUAACAGCAGGCAUUCCCCCCCAAACAUAA